GGAUCGCCAGCGAGUAUUUUUUUUCAAAGUAUGUCCCUCCAGGCUUUCCGUAGGUAGAUCAGGGAAAGGGAUGUUUUUUCCUCACGGCGUCGAGAAAUAAAGAUGGUGGCGCCCAAGAGAGCAAAGUUAUAGCGCUCUGGAAACGGGAGCCUUUUUGGAAAGGAGGGAUGAUGCUGAGGAACCUGAGGAAACUUUUGGGUCGGGGACACAUGCAGGAUAGCUUUCUUCACACAAAUGGCGUCCUUUGGCAAAUCCAGGAUGCUGCCAUCCUGCCAGAAAAGCCCAGAGCGAUCUUCCGUACCAGUGAGAGCAACCCGGCUGAUCACACAGAAGAGCACGUGGGCCAAUAUUACAGCCUUCCCCGCCAAGAAGUAGAAGAGAUCUUUCCUCAUGGACUACCAGCACGCUUCAAGUUGCAGAGAAAAACCUUCAACGAAACCUGCUUUAUGGUACGGGAGCCAGCCAUUGAACUCAUUAGCUACUUAAAACGCACCAACUUUUCUCAUCCAGCCGUCCGAUAUGUCAUCUAUGGUGAGAAGUCCACAGGGAAGACCAUGACCCUUUGCCAUGCCAUCCAUUACUGUGCAAGGCAGAAUUGGUUCAUUCUACACAUUCCAGAUGCUCACUUGUGGGUAAAAAAUUGCAAACAACUGCUACCUUCGACUUACAACAAGGAUCGUUUCGACCAGCCUCUGGAAGCCUCAACCUGGCUGAAGAAUUUCAAAACCACCAAUGAACGUUUCUUGAAAGAGAUCAAAACCCAACAAAGCUAUGUGUGGAGCAAGCGGGAGAGCACCGCGGAAGGCAGCCCCCUGGGAGAAGUGAUAGACCAGGGUUUGACUCGAGUGAAAAACGCCAGCGAUGCCGUCGGGGUGGUCUUGAAAGAGCUGAAGCAGCAAUGCCCUCAAGGGACUUUCCGCCUUUUAGUGGCCGUGGAUGGAGUCAAUUCUCUUUGGGGACAGACGACAGUGAAGAAACAGGACAAGAGCGAAGUAGCCGUCGAGGAAUUGACUCUGAUCCACAACUUGAGAAAGAUGGUGGCCAAUGACUGGACUGGAGGAGCCAUUGUGACCACCCUCAGCCAAACAGGGGCUAUCUACAAGCCUCGCAAGGCGUACUUACCUCAUGAAUUGCUAGGAAAGAAGGGUUUUGAUGCCCUGGACCCCUUCGUUCCAAUUCAAGUCCACAACUACACAGACCGGGAAUUUGAGAGCUGCUACCAGUACUACUUGGAACAGAAGUGGCUUCAGCAUGAGAAAGCCAGUACCAACGAAGGCCGGCUGGAGCUCCGUUUCCUCACUGGAUGCAACCCUGGACUGUUGGACCGGAUCAGCUCUCACUUGUGAUUUUGUGCCCCUUUUCACUGUGAUAUCAAAACGCAAAAGGAUUUCUCGCAAUUAAACACAACACCACCGCUUUA